GCCCUGGUCUAGAUUGAUCAGCAGGUGACCUUUGCCCGGCUCCCGGGGCCCUCCGUGCCCACUGCCCUGGGGACAAUAUAAAGCAGGUCAGAAGCCUCUUGCCUGCCUACACAGCCAUCCCCAGAAGGAGCGGCUCCAGGAACAAAGGUGCCAUGCAGUCCCGGGUCCUGCUCGUUGCCGCCUUCUUGGCUCUCCUGGUCUCUGCCCAAGCUACCGAGGCCGAGGAUACCUCCCUUCUGGACAGAAUGCAGGGCUACGUGAAGCAGGCCACCAAGACCGCCAAGGACGCACUGACCAGCGUGCAGGAGUCCCAGGUGGCACAGCAGGCCAGAGGCUGGGUGACCGACAGCUUCAGCUCCCUGAAAGACUACUGGAGUACGUUAAAGGACAAGUUCUCUGAUUUCUGGGAUUCCACCCGCAGUCCCACACCGGCUCCAGCCUAAGGCCUUCUGAGAGCUUGGUACCCCAAGUCCGCCUGCCCAUCCGUCCUGCAGCCUCCCAGGGCUGCCCCCAAAGGUCGCUUGAAAAGGACAACAUCCUCAGAGCCCUCCCACCCCACCCCAGACCUGGCCCACCCCUGGGGUGUGCUGUCCUUCCAAUAAAGCUGGACGAGAAGCUGCCAUGAGUGGGAUGUCCCACAUGUGCCAUGUAUGUUUGGGUGUGGGAAUGUGCUGGGGCUCUUCUGUGGGCGGGCUCGGGACUGACUCCAACUCAAGCAGGCCUGGGGCCGGUGCCCCACCCACCUUUUAGCAGCUGGGUGGUAUAAAGUAGGAAUGACCCUAUCUACCCUGCCUGCCUCGACAGGUUUUCGUGGAGGAGCAAAGGGGAUGCUAGGUUUGGCAAGACUUUGAUAAACUGUCAAGUGCUGUGUAAC